AGCAACUUCCGUCACCAUGACCUCCUUCUCCAGCAACAGUUUUGUGUCCUCUGGUGAAUCCAUAAAGGGAGCAUCUAUGGCCUCCUUUCGCCACAUGUCCAUGUCUAGGGGAGGUGGACACAUCAGCGCCAUGUGGGCCGGCAGCAUGUACGGGGGUGCCGGUGGGUCCGGGGUGCGCAUCUCCAGUGCCUCCAGCACCGUCUCUGCUGGCAGUGAGGCUGGUGGCAGCUCCGCUGUGAACGAGAAUAAGAAGGCCACCAUGCAGAACCUGAAUGAUCGUCUGGCCUCCUACCUGGACAAGGUCCGCUCCCUGGAGAAGGCAAACGCUGAUCUAGAGAUGAAGAUCCACCAGUUCCUGGAGAACAAAGCCACACCUGAGGCUCACGACUGCACUACCUUCAAAGUCGUCAUCAACAAACUCCAAAUCCAGAUCUUUGAUGCCACUCGUAUGAAUGGAGUAUUCUACAUGGCUAUUGACAAUGCUAAGCUGGCAGCAGAUGACUUUCAAGUCAAGUAUGAGAAUGAGCUGGCUAUGACGCAAUGUGUGGAGGCUGAUAUUGCUGGGCUGAGGCAGGUGAGGGACGAGCUGACCAUUGGAGGAUCCAACCUAGAGAUGGCAGUUGAGGAGCUGAAGGAGGAGUUGGUCCACCUCAAGAAGAACCACAAGGAGGAGCUCAAGGCCCUCCGGGCGCAGGUGGGUAGUCAGACGGUCAACGUGGAGGUUGAUGCUGCACCACAGGAAGACCUCACCAAAGUCAUGGCUGAUAUCCGUCAGCACUACGAUGCCAUUGCUGCCAAGAACCACAAAGAACUGGAGUGCUGGUUUAAUGCAAAGACAGGAGAAAUCCAGAAAGCUGUCGCCUGCAGCACCGAGACCGUCCAAUCAUCCCAAUCUGAAAUCACUGAAGUUAAACGCAUAAUGCAAAGUCUAGAAAUCGAACUCCAAUCCGAACUCAGCAUGAAAGCAUCCCUGGAGGGCACCCUGGCUGACACACAGAACCGCUAUGCCAAUAUGCUAUCGAGUUAUCAGAUGCGGGUGACCAUCUUGGAGGGCCAUCUUGGUCAGAUACGUGGUGACUUGGAGCGCCAGGGCCAGGAAUACCAGAUGCUGCUGGACAUCAAGACCAGGCUGGAGAUGGAGAUCACUGAGUACAGGAGACUGCUGGAUGGAGAAAUGACAAGCAGUGUCUCAACAGCCACCACAACGCGCAAGGUGGUGACUAUCGUCAUGGAAAGUGUUGACGGCAAGGUGAUCAGUGAGACCAAGACCAAGUGAGACACAUCUUGAAACGGGGACUUCACAGAACAGAACACCAUCCCUCUGAUGCCUGAUGUCAACCUUUCUCAGAAGCUGUGAUUCAAUUGGGUUGUGUAAACGUGUAUCUUGGAAUUGAUAUCUUCAGAUAGAUUUGUCAAUAAAACAAAGCCCUACAUCUUUUGUUUUAUUUUUGUUUUGAUUUGACAAAAAAAAAAAAAGACAGAAAAAAGCUAUCCAAAACAUAGUUGUGGCAAUUAGGCCAAGAUUGAUUCUAUUGCAGUUUUGGUUGAGUAGGCUGUAUCAUGAUCUCUAUUGAAACAAUAACAAUUAUUUUGUUCACAGACAAAGAAUAAUACAGUAUACCGUACUCCCCCCUAUAGAGUUAAGCUUUGCCAAACAGAUGAGCCUAGAUCCUAACAUAAUAUUCACUAACAUAAUUGAUCAAGUCACUUUCACUGAAAAAUGGCAAAGGCCUACACCAUAGGAGGCUGGUGGGAGGACCUAUAGCAGGAUGGGCUCAUUGUAAUGACUGGA